CGUCUCUCCAGUGCGGAGCAGCUGAUUUCCUCCCGAGCACGGCAGCAGGGACGGCGGAGAGGAUUCGUGCGGCAGGCUGACGGCUGGACGUUUUCGGUAAUCGAGAGCAGAGCGCUGUUCCGGUGUACAAACAAUCCGACUGUCAAGCAAAACAGAUUGGAGAGUGUCAGCUGCAGCUUCCCCUCCGCUCGGCUUGUUUAUCUACGCUGUGCUCGCCGAUGGUGGCUGUUAGUGUUUCACCGGGGCCUGUUCUCAGGCGCUAUAGGAGACAGUAGCGGGUCAAAUGUUCCCACCCCGCUGUCGGAGGGGCAAAUUAUGAACAUGGGCAUCACCCCUUCAGAGAUAUCCUCCUCCUCCUCCUCCUCCUCCUCCUCCCGCCUGACUGGUUGGCCGCGUCUUCGUUAAUCUAAUUCAGGAGAUCAUCUUCUCAACCUUUCCCGAGGUUACACCAUCAAGACGGCGUUAUCUCAGAAAGCCAGCUCGGUGGCGGUGAAGAUGACCACGGCACGGUACCGUCCCACCUGGGAGCUGGCCGUGGACCCCCUGGUCUCAUGUAAGCUGUGCCUUGGAGAGUUCCCUCUGGAGCAGAUGACCACCAUCACACAGUGCCAAUGUGUCUUCUGUACACUGUGCCUGAAGCAGUAUGUGGAACUCCUGAUUAAAGAAGGCCUUGAAACUGCAAUUAGCUGUCCAGACUCUGCCUGUCCCAAAAGAGGACACUUGCAGGAAAAUGAGAUUGAGUGCAUGGUGGCCACGGAUAUGAUGCAGAGAUACAAGAAGCUUCAGUUUGAAAGAGAGGUGCUGCUGGACCCAUGCCGGACAUGGUGCCCUUCCUCGACCUGCCAGGCCGUGUGCCAACUAAAGGAAGCAGAUUCUCCAGCGCUGCCACAGCUGGUUCAGUGCGCCGUCUGUGCCCUCGAGUUCUGCUCGGCCUGCAAGGCCAACUGGCACCCCGGGCAGGCCUGCCAGGAGAACAACCUGCCCAUUACCUCCUUCCUACCAGGAGAAAACAGCUCUUUCUAUAAGAACGAGGAGGAUGACGCACCAAUCAAGCGCUGUCCUAAAUGUAAAGUUUACAUCGAGAGGGACGAGGGCUGUGCGCAGAUGAUGUGCAAAAACUGCAAACAUGCCUUCUGCUGGUACUGUCUGGAGUCCCUGGAUGAUGACUUUCUCCUGAUCCACUAUGACAAAGGGCCCUGCCGAAACAAACUGGGCCACUCCAGGGCGUCUGUUAUCUGGCACAGAACACAGGUUGUGGGGAUCUUCGCUGGCUUCGGGCUGCUCCUGCUGGUUGCCUCCCCCUUCCUCCUUCUGGCCACUCCCAUCGUCCUCUGCUGCAAGUGCAAGUGCAGCAAAGGCGAUGACGACCCAUUGCCAACCUAAACACGCCAUCACAGCUGGAGCGGAGAGCCGCUUCAAGGAUAGGCCAUCUUUUUUUCCUUUUCACCCUUUUUAGGUUCUCUUUCUCCCACCAGCUUUGAGCGCUUCAUAUUUUUUGGGCUGAGCCUGCACUAGCCCCGGCCGCUUCGGGAUCCAUUGCUCUGCAUGAGAGAGGCGUGGUAGGAGAAAGCGACCCAGGAGGUGCAGGGUCAAAGGUCAGAGGACGUCAGACUUUGUCGAUGGACCGUUGUGUCCGUGUGUGCGACGUUGGUGGUUUGGGAACGUGGAGGGAGCCUGGGCCACGUCAAGUGGUCUUCAGUCAUGUGGUGUGGUCGUUUGGCGGGUCAUUACAAACAAAGAAAAAAUCCGAGUUAAGAAAUGCUUUUCUCUUGUAUGGACAAUAUCAUGCAGGAGCCACCUUAGAGAAAAACUUUUACUUUAUCGCUCUGUUUUGUCGGUUUGUCGUACGCAACAAAAGCUUUUUCCCCCCACCACCACACUCAAUGUAGCUCUACAGAUUCAGUCCGUAGCAUUAGAGUUACACCACGCAUGUUUGGUGUUCACUCGAUUUGCACACUGAACGUGAUUUCCAUGUCAUGUUCACGACUGAGGUAGAGACGGGAGGCUGUUGUGACUCUCAACUCAAUGUACAGCACGUCCUCUUGAUGAUGUCAAUGUUUUAUAACCUGUUGCUUUUAAUAGAACUGUGCUCAAAGUAGUGUCUAUGUGUUGUACUUUUGAGUGUUUUCCAAACUGUAAGGUACACUUAUUAAAGGGGAUUGCCACUCAAAUCUCAAACUACGCUUAUUUUCUGUGCUCAAGUGACAAUGAAGUUUUAUUCAGCUUUUAGCUUAUGUUUUAUACACAGAUGUUCUUUUUUUUUCAUUGUUACAUCUCUCUAACUCAUUCUCUUUGACACACAUACAGACAUUAUAUAUUGGAGUCAUCUUUGUGAGAGAGAGAAAGAGAGAGAGAGAGAGAGAGAGAUUCUGUAAGAUGUUACAGAUUUUAAGAUAGAUCCAGAAAUUUCCCAAAUUGAGUGGUACUCCCCUUUAAGUUCAGCGUUAAUGUAAAGUCUAUCCGAGGACUUUGUAUCCACAUCUUGUGGAAUCAUUUUAAUACUACGCUAAAAGAGAUGUCACUCCUGUAAUUCUCAAUCCCCAGGUGGUGGUGUAGCCAAAUAGAAAUGAAUAGCCUUAAAUUGAGAAUAGCCAAAAUCAGUCAUUUCCCCCUUUGCAUUAAAGAGUUAAAAGUUGAAUCCAAAUAAUCCCAGGGAAAGCAUGUUUAACAGCAUUUGAAAACAUUACAGUCAGUGAAGCCCUUUAUAUUCAGAUGAUUCUAUGAUGUCAUCCAUAUGCCACGCUGUUAAUAGCCAUACUGUAAAAAAAACAACAAAAAAACAACUGUCCUAAACUGAUGUUCUGUGUGACCUGCGGCUUGUAUUGCCUAAGCCUUUUGGAGCAGGAGAGCUGAUCGGCGUCCACCCAACCAUCAUCACAAACGAUCUGAAACUCAGUCGGAUCAGAUCUCCCGCUCUUUGAGACUUAACGAAUACCCGCUGGCCCAAAUUGCAAACUUGCAUACGUUAGUGGUCCGAGUGUCGAUGUUUUGUUUUGUUGGUAGUUAGACCUCCAACAACAAGCAGCUAUUCCUUGCAGGGACAUCAGAAAAAGCCUCUAGAGUCAAUAUAAAAGAAUGUUCCACUUUCUGGGCACAUAAUUACGAAGCUGCUCUCUACUAUAUCACUUUAUCUAUGCAAGUUUGUACAUUACCAUUAUUAAAAGGCUAUCGAUUGGUCAGAAUCAACUGUGUGUCAUGGGUAGGUUCAUAUAGUGAAAGCUGCAGAAUGUCACCAUACAUGUGCAUAUCAUGGUUUUUAUUUAAUCAGGGAAUUAUUGAGAAACUAUCAUACGUUACUUCAUUUUAUGUUCAUCAUUUAUAUUGUUAUAAAUCUGUCUUUUAGCUAUAUUUAAAGUUUGUGAGCUUGAAACCAGGACAGAAUUUGGCCAUUGUUCAUUUGAUAAUGUCUUAAUUUUUGGGGAAAUCUCAAGUUUCUUUUCAAACUUCACAAAAACUGUUUAUGUUAAGUUAAUACAGGACAAAAGGUGAAACCAUUUAGUUUUAGUUCAUCUACCUGUGUUAGGUCUGUUCCCUUGCAUAGCCAUUCUAAUGUUUUGAAUAAGCCAUUUACCACUGCUUACUUUCACCUCCCUUCUGGUGUAAUGUAUCAGUGUUAAUGUAGCAUUUCAAGUGUGGCUACUGUUACCAAAAAAGGUUCAUCAAUACUUAACAACAGUAGCUAAUAUAAGCUAAACAGUAGCUAAUCAUCCACAACUCAUUCCCUCAUAAAUUUAGCUCUGAUACUCAGUAUGAUCAUUCUUAUUAUUAGUAGCCUUAAGUUUAGAGUACCUUACCUGUAGCCUGUGUUGCUUUCACUGACCUCAUCUACUGUAUGAGCAUGAUAAUUUGAUACCACAGCUAGUCCAAUUUCUACCUUUUUGGAGUUUGGUGCUUUCCCCAAAAAUAGUUCAAUUCCACAAGCUUUUGUUGUUUUUAUGACAAUCGUGCCAAGUAGAUUUCCUAGAAGGGAUAAGGAAACAGAGCUGUCUACUGUAUGUGCAUUUUGACCAUGUAUUUGUAAUGUAUUAACAGUUUUCACAGGUUUGGAGAAUAUUUUAAUGUUUCUUUAUGUAAACGCUGCACUGUAUAUGGGUUUUAUUGUUUUAUUUCUUGAUAUGAUCUGUGACAAGUGUGUGGUAUGUUGCCUGCUGUGUUUAAUGGAGGAGUUUAGCAGCUGAAAUCAACAUCAACUCAAUAGUAAAUACAUACGACAUUGCAUCUAUACUUUUUAAGGGGUUUAAAAAUUUUAUGUAUUAGGGCUCUGAUAUCACCAGGAUAAAAAAUAAAUUUUAGAUGGGGCCAAAUAAUAAUUUAAACACAGAAAUAUCACUGUCAUUAAAGCCUUGGCUGGCAUACAUUAACUGAAGUCGAACAAAAUCAUGGCCACCUCCAUUUUAUUAAUUUUUUUAAACUUAUGUUUGCUGGCACCACUGAACAGGUAGUACUGUAUUAUGCAACAAACAUAAAAGGGCCAAACAGCGAACAUUACAGUCACUGCGUUACUGUUUUCUACACCAGGACCAGAAGAGGCUUGUCAGGGCUCGAUAUAAAGGCAUACUAUAAAACCACUUCAGCAGAUGAAACAUCAGCACAGGCGUUGGAAUAGGACAGUUUGACCGAGUAAAAGGCCUUGCUUCUAAGAUUUGGACCUUGAACGGGAAGCAAGGUAACGUUUAUUUUACAAAGGCUCAAGAUCUACUUUGCAACUAUCCUAAAGAUCAAGUUUGGUUACGAGCAGCAAUUUAUAUUUUAUAAUCUGUUGUGUCAAGAGAUGAAGCUGCAUGAUUUUUCUCUGACUUCUACAUGUUAAAUAUUACAAUAUUGUAGCCUCUAAAGAUCUUUGGAAUGGUAGCGUUGUCACUCUAUCACCCAGCUGUCUGCUUUUUUUUUUUUUUAGUUUGUUUUUUUAUAUGUUUUGAUGUUCAGCCAUAUGAUAUAUAGCGUUGGUUCGCCUUCCUCAAUUCAGCAGGUUGGCUUCAUGUAUUUCUUAUGUUUUUGUUGAUUUAUUUUUAUAUACACCUGUUACAUCAUAGUUUGUUGUAUUCGCAUUACUUGUUUUCGGAGCAGAAUUGUUCAGGCAUGAUUGGUCAGUUAAAUUUCAGUCACCUCAGUAAGUGGAUUAUUGUCAGAGGAAAUGCUGUCUGUACACACGACUUCUGUAUUUAGAGAUGGUAAAGAAUGUCUCUAGUUUAGUCAGUAAUUGAAAGUUAAUUGACCUGGUUCAUACAAAGAUAUCAGCAUUGUAAAAUGGCAUAUUUGGAUCAGUUCUGUACAACUUAGACUCUGCAUCUCAGUAUAUCUACAGUUCCACUAACACUGUGACACCGGGUAUUAAAGGUUGUUGUUUUUUUGUGAACCUGCUCUUGUCAUUUAUUCACACCCAAUGUACUGAAAUAUUACAAUUUUGCAUUUCAAACAUACCAUUAAAGUCCUGUGGCCGA